GUUUUCGAGUUUAUGGGGAAAUUUUGGCAUGGUGUUUUGAGGCAAACCAUUCGACUUGGGAGCUGUUGUGUUUGGGGGAAAGAGCGGGCCUAUUGUGAGCGAGCAAUUUCAUCCUCGGUCCGUCCCCUCCAAGGUUCCCACUUCGGCACUCUACACCACACUUCACCACUCACGCGACCACCUCAGUUCUCUCCACAGCCAACAAACCACCUCAUAAUCCGACAUGGCAUCCGAACGAAAUCUCACACACGAAGAGAUCUGGGAUGACUCUGCACUUGUAGCUUCCUGGAACAACGCGCUGGCGGAGUACAAUAAAUAUCACAGCAUUCACGCCCAAGGAGGCACAGUAGACGAUCUUCCAGCCCCCGAGGAGAAGAAGACAUCCGGCAGUGCCAAAGCUGAAACAAAUGGCCAUGCAGCACCUAUCACAGCAGAGGAAGGGGAGGUCGACGAGAGCGUCCCAAUGGACGAGAGCGACGAAACAUCGCACCCAGCAAUCUCGGAUGCCCAACACUCCGCAGAUGCGAACAAGGUUGGAGGUGGGCUAUCUGGAGGCCAGCCUGCGGUGCCGUUGGGGCCAGGACCAGGACCGCAGGUGUUGCUUGGAUCAGUCCAAGAUGAGGAGCUCAAAAAGCUGCUGAUGUCUUGGUAUUAUGCAGGGUAUUACACGGGCUUGUACGAGGGAAAGCAGCAAGGGCUCAAACAGGCCCAGCAGCAAGACAAAAGUUCUUGAUAGGAAU